AUGGACGGUUUGGGAAGGUUUUGUCGUUACUAUUUAAUCGCAUCUCGGAAAGAAUACGUGUUCAUGUCAGAAUUAACAGACAAAGAGCAACUGGUUCCAUUCAUCACAAGUGGGCUAGAGAGCUCGCUCCCAGUCAUAGAGGGGCCCACAUGCCUUGCGCAAAGACGACAGUCGGUAUCGGCAGAGUCAGUGGACCCAAAUGAGUAUAACGAAGAUUAUUUCAAUGCUGGUCAAAAUGCACUUCAUCCACCUCCAGGCAGUAAUAGCCGAAAAAUAAUUUUGGACAGACUCCGUACCAUGCUUAUAUUCGUGGACCUGCAACUAGACGUGCUUGCAGAGAUUGUGAGUUUAUUCACCGAAGAGAAGUUUAGCGAAGGGACAAUUAUUCUUACCGAAGGUGAGGGUGGAGAGACAGCUAACAAGUUUCACGUAGUAGAGUCAGGAAGCCUGAGUGUUUCUAGCGGAGGUCACUUAUUUGCUCAGAUGGGACCCGGAUCAAGCUUUAAUGAAAUUUCGCUGCUUCACGACUCUAUCAAGACAUUCACAAUAAAGGCUGUCACAGAUGUCAAAGCGUGGACACUCGACAGAAUCCUUUUCAAAGAAGUCAUGGCCCACCAGCUGGCUAAAAAGAGAGAGUUUCUACGAGGAGUUAUAAAAGGAACCAAGCCUCUACAGUGUCUAGAUGAAGAGGACCAAGUAAAGUUGGUGAGCGGCCUGCAAUCUGUCUCCUUCAAUGCCAGGGAGGCCAUCAUGCGGGAGGACGAGGAGGCUACUAAUUUUUACAUUAUCAGCCAGGGAGAAAUUAUGCUCAGUAUGAAAGGAGUGCCAAUGACAUCACUCGGAAAAGGCAACAUAUUUGGAGAGUUCGCUCUUCUUGGCCAGUCGCUCAACGUGGUAACUGCGGUGGCUCGCACACAUGUGCAACUCGAAACACUAGACAAGCACGGCUUCGAGAGACUGCUAGGGGUGCAAGCAGCAAAUGAUUUUCGGCACAAAGCGAAAAUGCUGUCUGAAAAAGAGGGAUCAGCCUCCUCCUGA